UCCGGUCGACGUUAUUUUGCGGGAGGACACAUUGAAAUUCAGUUGGUCCGCGCUUUAACAACCACGAGUUUUGUGCUUUUCUCGGCCUUAUCGUGGAAAGUGCGAUGGCUGUACCGGGUCCUAAUAAGGACAACAUCAGAGCUGGAUGCAAGAAAUGUGGAUAUCCGGGCCACUUGACGUUUGAGUGCCGAAAUUUUGUUCGAGUUGACCCCCAGAAGGACAUUGUUCUGGAUGUGAGCAGCACCAGCACCGAGGAGAGUGAAGACGACGUGCCUGCAGCUCAGCGCAAUGAGAAGCUGGGGAGAAGUGGACAGCAUCGCAAAGGCUCCGAUGAUGAUAGAAAAAAGAGACAAAAACGGAAGAAGAGCAAAGACAGAAAGUCAAGGAAGAGAUCGGACUCGUCAUCGAGUGACGAGGAGACUCCGAAAAAGAGAAAGAAGCGCAACAGGUCGCAGUCGUCAUCUGACGAAGAGGAGAGGAGGAAGAAAAAGAAACUAAAAAGCCACAAGAAGAAGUCUAAAAAGAACAAAAAGGAGCAGGGCAAGCAUCACAAAAAGAAACAGAAGAAAAGAAAACAGGAAUCAUCUUCAUCUUCCAGCUCCAGUGAAUCCUCAGAAAGUGACUGAACCUGCAAACUUUGCAGCCUCUGGACAUAUUUAUUUUCCAGUUUAUGAAAGGUCUGGUUUGCUGACACUGUAAAUAAUAAAAAGAAGGCACCUCAUUUUGUUCUAUACACCAUUACAAAGACAAAUGAUUUGAAACUGUACAUGUAAAUGAAAAAAACAAUGUAUUUGCAAUUGUUUGAAGCAUUCUGGAAAAUGCGUAAAGGCUUGGGAACAUGUUCUGAUAUAGUUUUUUUUUCAUUUCUGGAGUCACUGUAUUUUAUAUUUGACAUUCUUUUCUCGGUGCAGAGGAAUCCUGACACAUGAUUAGCGUUAUAGUCAUGAAACCCAUUCUUUUUUUGUCACGCAUAUAACGGCACAUCAGUGGCACGUUCCAACUAAAAAUACACAGAAAAGGCUGCAUAGUUUUGCUGUAAUAGAUUUCUCUUGUAAGUUUCUGGAUGUUCCUUUUGCUCUUUUUUUUUUUUGUCUUUCUACACUUUGAUGCUUCUGUGUUUUUAAAAUUGUACCGAAACAUUUGUAAAAGGCCACAUGUCAAACAUAUUUACACUGUAAUAGUAGCUACAAGUCAUAUUUCUGGCUGGAAUUUUGGCCAGUGUUAGGAGUCAGCCCAGUUUUUGUCAGCACUGAUGAGUCUGCAGUAGUUGAAAUAACGAAGUAAGUGAACGUUUAGGUGUUAAAAACGGCUUAAAUGUUCAUACUUUGUAGUGCAGUAAAACUCAUGGAUGUUCCUGUUACAAAUAAUGCGUUUCAAUUUGCCUGAACAUUAGAAGAAUCCAUUCCAAAACGUUUAUAAAUGUCAAUCAUGGGACGUGUCAUGAUCUGAUCCUCUGCAUUGUUUUUGUUUUUUUUCCAAUUCAGCAUUUUGGUUCUUCUGCUGUAAUAAAAUCUAUAUUUUUAUUCACUGUCA